CAAAAACAAUUUCGCAACGGAGUUUGUCGCUUGUUUUUCGGUGGUUUUUUCGCGAUCGAGAAGUGCGCGUUAGUCUAGCUCUAUCUGAAAUCCCGCUAAGCUGGAGAAGUGGAAAAGAACACGGAGUUCCACCAAGAAGAUGGACGAGCGAGGGGGUGGUGGGGGCGGAAGUGGAGGAGGAGGAUCCACAACGGGCAACAACAAAUCAGCUGCUGGAAAUAACGCCGCCACUGGAAGUGCCACUGCGUCUUCUUCUUCCACGGCGCCUGUUGAUAAGCCCUCGAUUUUGGAAGGUGUGCUGCACAACAUCUUCGAUGGGCUGACGGACAAGGAGGAGCAGGUGCGGCUGGCCAUGCAGCAGGCGAUCGUGAAGAUCCUGGAGACGCAUCCGGAGCGGGCGGCGGAGGUGCUCAGCGAGCACCGUGGGCAGCAGCCCAAAAUGAGCGAUCAAACGGUGGCCAUGCUGCUGGAGUGCAUUCGUCGCGUGGUGGGUGCGGAAACUCCUUUGCCGCCGGCCGCCAACCAGAAACUGAUUGCCCUGGCGCUGCAGGAACUCACGAGGAGUCCGGAGCACGUUCCCCUGAUCCAGAAUCCCGCCCAGCGCAUUCUGGUGGCCAUUGGACGCAGCAGCCCCGAGAGCUGUGAGCAGGUCAUGGAGGCGCUCCAGGAUAAGACGCGCACCAGCGCCAGUUCCAGUUCCGGCUCCGAGGUAGCUCACUUCAUGCUGAUGCAGUGCCUCGGGCUGCUGGCCACCGAGCAUCCCGCUGGCGUGGUGCCCCACAUAAAGGCCAUCCUGGCCAGAAGUCAGCCGCAUCUGGGAGGGAUUCGCCAGGAUCACAUCAAGCAGGCACAUGCCUAUGCCAUCGGCCGGUUCAGCGAGGCCCUGCUCGAGGAGAAGGGCCACGAUGGCUGCGCCACGGAGAUCAGCGUGGCCUACGACGUGCUCUUCAACCAGUGGCUGCACUCCAGGGAGCCCAAGGUGUGCGUGGAAAUACUGCAGGCGCUCUCCAGCAUGUAUGCCCUGCUGCCCAAGGAUCGAAUACAGGAUCAGGCCGCCCGGCUGGUGCCCCAAAUCCUGGCCCUCUACCGACGCAGCGUGGACCGCAAUGCGGUGACCCAGUUCCUCUGCUCCGUGCUGAAAACGAAUCUGUCGCUAAACCCCUCCGUUCUGGAUGGCAUCGUAGACGCCUUGAUCGUACACCUGUUCGACUUGGUCUGCGUGUAUCCCGACUACGAGAAGCCGCAGACUGUCAAGGGCCACUACGAGGUGCUGCGCUGCUUCCACCUGCUGGCCGGCCACCAGCCGUACUCCACGCGCAUCAUGGACACCCUGCUCAUCCACCUGAGGAACAACAGCGAGCGCGAGCGCAUGAAGUCCCUGCUGAUCCUCACCCAUCUGCUGAACUCCUGUGCGGGUCACAUACUGAAUCGCAUUCCGGCCAGCAUUGAGUGCCUCAAGCAGCUGAUCUUGAGCGAGAGGGGCAUCAAAAUGAAGCUCACUCUGCUGAAGACCAUUGUGGCCCUGGCCCAGAAGUCGCACAUACGCGACAAGGAGUUCGUCUGGUUCGUGGUGCGGCACAGCUGUCGCUACGCCAAGUCCAACCAGGAGCACGGCAGUGCGGAGGAGCACGCCAACCUGGUUCUCAGCUGCGAGAACACCCUGUACAUGCUGGCCUCCACCGUGGGCACACUGGACGAGCUGCUCAAGCGCGAGCUGCUCAACUACCUGAUACUGCUGGACUACACGGACAUAUGCGGCAACUUGGCCAAGUGCCUGGCCAGUUUGUUUGCCAAAUCGCCGCACAUCGAGUACGACGUGGUCGGCGGGGAGGAUGCGGAGCUCACAGCGCCGGCGGAUGGAGAAGCGGCCGCCGGCGAGGAUCGCAGUGUGAUCAAGCGCGGCAAGGUGAUGGUGCCCGGCGCGGAGACCAUCUAUGCCAGGUGCCUGGCCCUCUUGGGCAACCGGCAGUGCAUCAAGCGCUGCUCGAACAUCCUAAGUUUCCUGCGCUACUACCAUCCCCAGGUGAACCCCGCCUUGGAGGAGCUGUGGGAGCGACGGAUACCCGAUCUUCUGCUGCAAAUCAACCGGGAGACUGCCUACCGCCAGCUGCUGCACGACUUUGUGCUGGAAACGAACGAGUUCCUGGGCUCGCUGGACGAGAACUUUGCCCAGCGGCUGACCAGCAAGCUGGCCGACCAGAUGUACCUCUAUCCCAUGCAGCUGCCCCACUCGGAGUGGCACCUGCCCGAACUGAGUGCCGAAAGGGGCAUGCUGCUGCAGGCCAUGGCGCUCACGCUGCUCCAGGUCACGGAUGUGGCCUGCAUACACACCAAGAUCGAUCUCAUUGUGACCACGGCCAGGCAGGAGCGUUUGGACAAGCAUGUGCGACAUGCAGACUACGAGCAGAAAAUAGAGCCCUGCGCCCGAGCUUUGGGCUACAUAUCGCGGCAGCACUUGGGGCAUCUCGUGAAGAAGCUGACCGAACUGGCCCAGUUGGGCGGUAGGAAACACUCGACGGGCUUCUUCAGCAACCUGCACUUCAUCAAGGACACGCACAAGGAGCUGGAGAACUACAAGAGCAACCUGCUCGUGGUCAAGGCCUUCGGUCGCAUCAUGGAGGAGGCCGAUCCGCUGCAAUCCAUCCAGCAUCUGGACGAGGAUGACACCCUUUUGGGCUUCCUCAUCCAGCAGCUGGCCGUGCACAAGGACCAGACGCUCAUGUCGGCCAUCCUGCAGACGCUGCUGAGCAUCUGCAACCAGCUGAUCGCCACCAAGGACCAGCUGCCGGCGCCGCUGCGCCACCGCAAGCAGAUCAUGGAGACCGUCUUCAACAUCCCCAUCGAGGCGCCCUUCCACGACCUGCCCCUGCUGCCCACCAUCCUCAAGCUGGGCACCGACUUCAUACGCAUAGGUGGUCCGGAUACCGAGGAGUGUGUGGACGGAGCGGUGAUCUUCGAGAUCGCGUGCCGCAACUUCUUCGGCUGUGCGCAGCAGCUGAAGAUGAAGUUCGACUCGCCGGAGGAGGACGAGCGCAACAGCUUCCUGGCCAAGCACCUGAACGAGUCGCUGCCGCAGCUGAAUGCCUUGGUGCGGGCCAUCGUGGAGCUGGACGCCUCGCCGGCGACGCUGGACCUGAUCAUUGGGAUACUGGAGGGCUGGACACGGGACCGCAACUCGGAGGUGCGCAUCUGCGCCAGCCAUGUGUUCAACAACACGCUCGAGGUGUACAUCAAGGCGAUGAAGAUCGGCUGCGAGGCGCCUUCGAAGUUCAAUCAGACGGGCCAGAUGCUGGGCAAGAUUGUGCCCCGGUGCAUCGAUUCGAAUGGCACCGUGCGCCAGGUGUCCGUGGAGAUUCUGCAGAAGACGCUGGAGAUCGCCUGCAUCUAUGAGACGCUCACCAUAGCCAGCAUCGAUAGCACGGCCGACUGGCUGAAGGAGAUCGAGGCCAUCAAGGAGCACAUCAUCACGGAUGAGCCCAAGCAGAUCUACAACUUGGCAGGGGACAUUGCCAAGAUCAUUGCGCUGCGCAUCUCCAGCUUCCAGUACCUGCAGUUCUGCAAAACCCUGCUGCAAUCCUUGCGCGAUCCCGAGCAGAGUUCGACCAUCGGGGCCAGUGUGGUGCUGAAGUUCUUCAUCCAGCAGAAGGGCUCGGAGCUGUUCCAUGCCAUUCCCGACCUGGUCAAGGACAGCCUGCUGGCGCUGCAGGUGUGCGAGGUGCCCAGGGCCAAGUCCGGCGUGCUCAAGGCCCUGGUGGCCCUCACCAAGCACCAUCCCAAGCUGGUCUGUGCCGAGAUGCUGGCCCAGCCGCUGCCCUACGACGCCAACCUGGUGGAGUACUGGCACCUGGUCUGCAACGAUCCGGAGCUGACUGGCCUCACGCUGGACAACUUCCUGCAGCUGCUCAGCGGCGCCGCUCUGCAGGAAGGCGCUCCAGACUCCACACCAUCCCCAGAGCGACAGCGACUGGCCAGCGCCCAGCCGUUCGCCAUCUUCUGCGCCCUGCACGAGAUGCUGCCCUGCAAGGACAUCAAGGGGCAACUGGAGACACGGUUUGCGGACAUGUUCUGCAUGCUGUUGACCUCGCUGAGCAGCUACACCAACCUGGCCGCCCCCAAUCCUGUGCAUCCUGCCUCGCUGACGCCCAGCCAGACGCAGUCGGGCAAAACCAAGUUCGGAUUCGUGCCCAACAAGGAGCUGAUCAAGCUCAAUCCCUGCCAAAUAGCACUGGAGACGUUUCAGGCCUUUCUGACCAAUCUGGAAAUGGAGCAGAUCGCCAGCGUGCUGAGUGUGAACGGUCAACUGGCGAGCAGCGCGGACUGGCACAACUACAUCGAACUGCUGACCCCGAUGGCCAUUGGGUUGGGUCAGCAGCUGCAGCUGCACGUGGGCAGUGGUCAGAUGAGGCAGCUGGUCCACUCGCUAAGCAGAUAUGUGGCCUCGCCGCACGAUGGCCAGAGGGUGGCCGCCGUGGGCCUCUUCUCGCGCCUGGUGCCGCUGAAGCCCACGGGAGAGUUGGCUGCCUCCGUGCUGCUCCACCUGGGAGCAGCUCUGUCCGAUCCCAAUGCGGUGGUGCGCGGACUGAGCAUCCAGGGCAUGGGCUAUGUGGGCCAGCUGAGCGAGAAGGAGGCGAAGCGCUACGCGGAAACGGCCAUUGGAGCGCUGCUCAAGGGCGUGGAUGAUCCCGUCGGCGACUGCCUGAUCAACAUUCCGCUGGAGAGCAUGCGCGGCCUGUCCUGCAUACUGAGGGCGUUGCCCAGCCAGCGGGUGGAGUCCUUCCACGUCUCCCUGGCCAUCCGCAUCCGGCCCUUCCUGGGCAGCUAUUCGCUGGAGAUGCGCGAGGCGGCCAUCCAGUUGUUUGGCGACAUUUGCGAGGGCAAGAGGCAACAGCAGCAGCAGCAGCAGCGGCAGCAUGGGGAUGACGACGAUGGCGGCAGUGGUUCACCCAAUUCACCCACCUCCGCCUCCUCCUCGAUGGAGGCUCUGCGGGAGCAGCUGGUGGCCAACCUCUUCCCGCUGCUCCUCCAUCUCAGCGAGAGCGAGGCGGCCAUCGUCGCGGCCUGCCGGGGCACCCUGCAGCGGGUGUGCCGCCUCCUGCCCGCCCCCAAGGUCGUCGAGAUGGCCCAGCUGCAGUUGGGCGAGGAGCGCGGCCACCAGCUCAACUACAGCUCCUUUGUGCUGGAGUUCGUCAAGUUGAUUGCCAUGGAGCUGACGGAGCACAUCCAGGACUUCAUUGACUCCUGUCUGCCGCAGCUGCGAAGUCAGUGGCCGGAGGUGCGUGGCAGUGCGGCCAUCGUGAUUGGCAUCCUGCACAACUUCCUUAGCGAGCGAAACGUGCAGACGGAGACGGUGGCCAGCAAGAUCGCCGUGCUGCUGAAGGACGAACAGGCGCUGGUGCGGAUGAGGGCGGCCACCGCCCUCGGCUACUUCUUUGGCGACAUCUAAAACGAUGGCAGCUGGCACAUGGCAGCAGGCAGCAGCAUCCAUGCUUAGGACGGGACCAAAACGGGCUACCAAUUCGAUUCGAUUACUGUUUAAUAUAUAUGUGGUUAUAUUGUGUGUGUUUUUGUAAAUUACGACUUAGUAUUGCUCCAAGUGUGAUCCCGUGUUGCCUCAGCAAUCGUUCCCCUCAUAUUAUGUUUGAUAUUUAACUCUUUGUUUUGUUAUGUAAUCAAAGGUCACGUUAUAUACUUAUUCUAUAUAUAUAUAUAUAUAGUAUAUAUUAAUAUUCAAGUUUGUGCAAAGCGUUUGGCAGCUUUAAGGCAGUUGUGAGUGAUAAGAAAUCGUAUGCUAUAGAAGACUUAGUUACGGACAAUAAUCACUUCAGCUUCUCGAGGUUGAUUCCACAGCAAAUAUGUGAUUUUAAGCUAUUUUGUCAAAAUUCCUUGUUAAAUUUAAUCAAAUAAUUUAAUUGCUGGACCAAUUUUAAGGGAAUAUAUAAUUAAAAUAUUAGGGAUUGUGUUCGGAAAUGAGGCAACAAACUUAAAGGUGUUAAACGCUUUGUACAUUUCAAUCGAAUAGGGAAAAUGAAAGAGAUGUGUUAAGGUAAAACCGAAUACUUGACACAAUUUGUUUGCUAGCAAAAGUCAAUUGAGAUGUUUCACACCUUUUGAAUUUAAGGCAAUUCCAAAACAAGGCUUUCCCUCCUGUGUAUCUGUGUAUUAACGCUUACAAAAACCAAAUCAAAUAAAAUAUUACAAAGUAA